AUGAGUGAACACUCAAAUCAUGAGAUAGCGUCCAAAGCUGUGGUCAGGACAGUGUUCUUCUCCCUCGUUCUGGACCUCUUGGCUUUCACCCUGCCUCUUCCCUUAUUCCCCCGACUGAUCGCCUGGUAUCUUCAAAGAGAAUCUCACGAUGCAUCUGCCCUUCUUUCCAAGCUACUCCAUCUGUCUAGCACGUGGAGAGCUUCUCUGCUCUCCCUCUCAAGCUCAACUCUGUCAAAUCAAGUCACCUCACACAGAAAUUGGGAUGUGGUGCUACUUGGAGGAGCGAUGGGAAGUUUGUUCAGUCUAUGUCAAUGUAUCAUAAGUCCUUGGCUUGGUGCUCGUAAGUCUCAGCCGGUUCUUCUAGCCACUAUGCUUGGAAAUUUACUCUCAGCAAUCAUCUGGCUCAGAUCUACUUCUUUUUCAACUUUCCUCUUGUCUCGUCUGGUUGGCGGAUUGAGCGAGGGGAAUGUUCAAUUGAGCACAGCAAUCAUCUCCGACGUCACAACCUCUUCUACUCGUUCGAAAUCAUUAGCAUUGGUCGGAAUAGCUUUCUCAAUUUGCUUUACUCUCGGUCCUUCUCUCGGAGCCUAUUUCGCUUCACGUCCUAUACCUCUGGCGACAAAAACCGAUUCAUGGAAUAUCUAUGCUACGCCCGCUGCCAUCUCUUUAGGUUUAUUAUUGUUAGAGACAACAUAUCUCGCAUUUAAAUUACCAGAGACGAAAACUUGGAGAAGGGAUAAUCCCACGAACAAACCAUCGGACACUUCCAAACCCGUUGAAAGCGUAACUCACAGGUUGAAAAGAUUGAAAGCUCUUGGGAGAUUACAUGGUCUCUUUCUACUCUUCUUUUCUGGUGCUGAAUUCACCUUGACGUUCUUAACAUAUGAUUUAUUCUCAGCUAGCAACGCAGAGAAUGGAAGAUUGUUAUCAUCUCGUCAUGUCAGACCUUCUUUGGCGAGACUGGGAGAAGUCAAAUUGUCUUCUUAUGGCAUUGCUUCAUGUUUCACCGGACUGGGAUUAUUAGCUUUUCUACCUCAUAUCCGUCACAGUGGUCCGGCAGCUACUGUGGUGUUGUACGCAGGAGCGACAUGUCUAGCUUAUACAAGUGCUACUGUGGUCACCGGUCUCACUGCCGCUGCCGCUGCUUGUUGUGAUGAAGAAGGACAGGGAGAAAAGGAGUUACAAAGGGGACGAGCAUUGGGUAGGUUUAGAUCUAAGGGACAACUAGGCCGAGCCAUAGGUCCCCUACUAGCUUCCUCCAUCUACUGGACUCUUGGUCCUUCCACAGCAUACACACUUCUCUCUUUAUCCCUUAUCGGGGUUUAUCUCUCAUCACGUCAACUCGCCCUAUCCACAUCUCCUCCAAACAAAGUCAAAUCAAACUGA